AUGGCUGACCGCCGUGCGCCUACCAAUACAGCAGGAAUCCCGCUACCCAAACCUCCCGCAAACCCGCCGUCGUUAUCGGACAUCACCGAUGCAAGGGAAUAUAUCGAGAAACUCGCGCACAGCAAAGCCUCAGAAAGCACCAAUCAUGCGACCUCAGAUGAGCUCAGCGCUGCGGAGGCAUACAAGGCCUCAAUCAUGUUCUCGCACUCAGUCGAUGGCGACGUUUCCCUCGGUGUGAUUGACCAAAUGAAGGAAUUCAUGGUUGAAAUUCGCUCGGGAAUACGAAGCAUCAACGCGACUCUCGCCGAUAAUAAAACACACCUGGUCAACAUGAUCAACGCCCUUGAUGUGAAGGUCAACACGCUCGACGCAAAGGUCAACAUGCUUGACGAGGAGGUCAACACGCUUGACGCGAAGGUCAACAUGCUUGACGAGAAGGUCAACAUGCUCGACGCAAAGGUCAACAUGCUUGACGAGAAGGUCAACACGCUCGACGAGAAGGUCAACACGCUUGACGAGAAGGUCAACACGCUCAACGAGAAGAUUGAUGGCCACACCAUUCAGCUCACCGAGAUAAAUCAACGGCUUGCACGGCUCCCAGUUAUAAUAUCAAAUGCCCAAUCAGGACUCAAGGGGCUAAUACGGAACCCCUUCCUAAUCGCAGCAGAUGGGUCGGCACCAACACUCCAACCCCCUAACCCCACCACCUAUCAGGAGCUCCUGGGUUUUACUGAACAACAAUGUGUGGCCUCUGCUGCUGACCUUGGGUUACCUCUCCUGCCACCAAAUGCAACUAUAGAUGCCCGUCGCAGGCAGAUAUCUGCAGCCCUUGGCCUCCUGAUUGACUAA